AUGGAUGACCUGGAGUCGCUGGAGCUGCUCUCGCUCGUCUCGCGGGUGACGACCGAGCUCCAGAACUACCUGGGCAUUAACGACAAGACGCUGGCGGAAUUCGUGAUUGACCGACAUCUGAAAUGCAAUGGCUCGUUUCCAAAUUUCAAGAAAAGUCUCGAUGAAAUGGGCGCCGAGUUUCCGCAAAGUCUGAUGGACAGUGUUGACCGUUUGGUGCUCACCAUGCACCCCAAGUACAAAGGGAAGAAGCAGGAAAAUGGAGACUCGGGUGGCGGAGGCGACAAUAUUAUGGAUGAGCUGGAUGCUCUGGAGAAGAAGUCUCGCGUGUUCAAGGGGCUUGCUGUUCCAGACAGAGGCCAGCGCUGGGAGGAAGAUGACUACCUGGAUCCCCCAGCCGACAACGAAACCGACGCGCAAGCCGGCGCCAUGGACGACACAUUCGCAAUGCUUGAAGGAUUGGCCGGAAAGGCCAAGGAAGAUAAGCCUCGCGCCUCGCGAGAUGACCACAGUAGCAGGAAACGAAGCCGCAGCCCCGGGUACGAUGACCACGACCGCCGACGACGCCACAGAGACAAAUACCGCUCAAGAUCGCGCAGCGCACACCGACGCAGCAAGAAUGACGAUUACAUUGACGAGUUUGGAAGAUCUAUUGGCAAAUAUGGGGACCGGGAGACCGAUCGCAACGGCCACAACGGCCACAACGACCGCCGCAGACGCCGAGAUCGCGACAGAGAUGAAGACGACGACUUCCGCCGUCCACCCCCUGUCGAGUUGGAUGAUGCGCCAGUUCUUUACAAAAUUUACGAUGGGCAAGUCACGGGUGUGAAAGACUUUGGUGCUUUCGUCAACCUGCGAGGAGUCCGAGGGAAGGUAGAUGGCCUUGUUCAUGUAUCGGCCAUGCAAGAAGGAGCGCGAGUGAAUCAUCCAUCCGAUCUAGUAUCACGCGGCCAGCCGGUCAAGGUCAAGGUUGUCAGCAUGGAAGGUAACCGCAUUGGAUUAUCGAUGAAGGAGGUGGACCAGGUAUCCGGCAUGGACCUUAUCCCACAAAAGCGCCUGGCGUCAGGCGCGAAUAUGGAACGUCUUCAUGGCUCGUCAGGCAACGACAGAUAUGGCAACCUUAGCUCGGAUGUGCCCGUUAUCGAGGGAUCCAAUGGCCGACCGAUGAUGAACCGGAAGCGUAUGACAUCUCCUGAGCGUUGGGAGAUCAGACAGCUCAUUGCAUCCGGUGUUGCGUCUGCGGCGGAUUACCCUGAUCUGGAAGAGGAGUACCACGCCACUCUUAAGGGUGAGGGAACUUUCGAGGAGGAGGAAGAUGUGGAUAUCGAAGUCCGGGAUGAAGAGCCUCCAUUCUUGGCUGGCCAGACGAAGCAAUCACUUGAGCUGUCCCCUAUUCGUGUGGUCAAGGCUCCUGAUGGCUCAAUGAACCGUGCCGCCAUGUCUGGCACCAAUCUCGCAAAAGAGAGACGUGAACUGAAGCAGUCAGAGGCACAGGACAAGGCUGCUGAACGGGCAGCCGAAGUCGAUCUGAAUGCGCAGUGGCAGGAUCCCAUGGUCGCGCCAGAGGAUCGAAAGUUUGCCGCGGAUCUUCGCAAUACCCAACAAAAGCAGGACGAGCCAGUGCCGGAGUGGAAGAGGGUGACCAUGGGCAAGAAUGUGUCUCUCGGCAAGCGGACCGACAUGCCCAUCAAACAACAGCGUGAAAGCUUGCCCGUCUUCAAAUUCCGUAAACAACUCCUCGAUGCCGUCAAGGACAAUCAGUUGAUGAUUGUGGUUGGUGAUACUGGCUCUGGAAAGACCACACAAUUGACCCAGUACCUGGCAGAGGCCGGAUACGGAAACAAUGGUAUCAUUGGCUGCACUCAGCCCCGUCGUGUUGCUGCCAUGUCUGUUGCGAAACGUGUGUCAGAAGAGGUUGGCUGCAGACUGGGUGCCGAGGUUGGAUACACAAUUCGUUUCGAGGAUUGCACCAGUCCUGAGACCAAGAUCAAGUAUAUGACGGACGGAAUGCUUCAGAGAGAGAUUUUGAUGGAUCCUGAUCUCAAGAAGUAUUCCGUAAUUAUGCUUGAUGAAGCGCACGAGCGCACGAUUGCCACUGAUAUUCUGUUUGGAUUGCUGAAGAAGACCAUCAAGCGACGGCCUGAUCUUCGUUUGAUUGUGACUUCCGCCACGCUGGACGCCGAGAAGUUCUCUGAAUACUUCAACGGAUGUCCUAUCUUCUCGAUCCCUGGACGAACAUUCCCUGUCGAGAUCAUGUAUUCGAAAGAGCCUGAAUCUGACUACCUGGAUGCUGCUCUUAUCACUGUGAUGCAGAUUCACUUGACAGAGGCGGGUGGUGAUAUCCUGGUCUUCCUCACGGGACAAGAAGAGAUCGAUACGGCGUGCGAGAUUUUGUACGAGCGGAUGAAAGCUUUAGGGCCAACAGUGCCCGAGCUGGUCAUUCUUCCCGUCUACUCUGCGCUUCCCAGUGAGAUGCAGAGUCGAAUCUUCGAGCCAGCCCCGCCUGGAGGCCGAAAGGUUAUCAUUGCUACCAACAUCGCUGAGACCUCCAUUACCAUUGAUAAUAUUUACUACGUCAUCGAUCCCGGUUUCGUGAAGCAGAAUGCGUACGAUCCCAAGCUUGGCAUGGACUCUCUCGUGGUCACGCCCAUUUCUCAAGCACAGGCUAAGCAACGAGCUGGCCGUGCCGGCCGAACAGGACCCGGCAAAUGUUUCCGACUAUACACCGAGGCAGCUUAUCAGUCUGAAAUGCUUCCUACCACUAUCCCCGAAAUUCAGCGGCAAAAUCUUUCACAUACCAUUCUCAUGCUUAAAGCGAUGGGUAUUAACGACCUCCUUCAUUUCGACUUCAUGGACCCCCCACCUACCAAUACAAUGUUGACUGCUCUUGAGGAGCUGUACGCUCUGUCAGCUCUGGACGAUGAAGGUCUCUUGACUCGCCUUGGUCGUAAGAUGGCCGAUUUCCCCAUGGAGCCCGCUCUUGCCAAGGUUCUCAUCGCAUCCGUUGAUAUGGGAUGCUCCGACGAGAUUCUCAGCAUUGUCGCCAUGCUUUCCAUUCAGUCGGUCUUCUACCGCCCCAAGGAGAAGCAGCAACAGGCCGAUCAGAAGAAAGCCAAGUUCCAUGAUCCUCAUGGUGAUCAUCUCACCUUGCUGAAUGUUUAUAAUGGCUGGAAGAACUCCAAGUUCAACAAUGCCUGGUGCUUCGAGAACUUCAUCCAAGCUCGGCAGAUCCGCCGUGCUCAAGAUGUGCGCCAGCAGCUUCUCGGAAUUAUGAACCGUUACCGUCACAAGAUCGUCUCCUGUGGACGGAACACUACCAUGGUACGACAGGCACUUUGCACUGGCUUCUUCCGGAAUGCGGCUCGCAAGGAUCCCCAAGAAGGAUACAAGACUCUCGUUGAAGGCACCCCAGUGUAUAUGCAUCCAAGCUCUGCGCUCUUCGGCAAGCCCUCCGAGCAUGUCAUCUAUCACACUUUGGUCCUCACCACCAAGGAGUACAUGCAUUGCACGACCUCCAUUGAGCCAAAAUGGCUUGUCGAGGCGGCACCGACCUUCUUCAAGGUCGCGCCCACGGAUCGCUUGUCGAAGCGCAAGAAAGCCGAGCGCAUCCAGCCUUUGCAUAAUCGGUUCGCUGGCGAGGACGAUUGGCGUCUCUCUGCCCAACGGAGACAAGGCAGAGGUGGUGGCGGUGGAACUUGGGGUUAA